UUCGGUCAGGUCCGGUCCAACGACGGUCCCGCGACACCUCAGAGCCUCAGGGACCACGAGAAACCUCAGGAAGGCUCUCCUGCUAUUGGGCAACUCUGUGACGUUCCAGAAAAAUAGUUGUUCUCACCAUGCGAGCGUGGCGGGAGACAAAGCCUGUUCAGCGUCCUGAUUGGCCGCCCACAAACGCCCACAACUUUAGCGGCAACCACUCUCUGUGCGACAUCAGAGAUUCACGACUACGCUAAGGGAUGUCAGGUCUCCCUUUGCAAAGGGUCGGGGCUGUAAUAGGAAAGUGGGAUGGUGAUAUGGUUCGAAGUGUUCUUAAGACAAAGCAUUGUUUACCCCUCAUCGUUCACGCUACUUCUCCACCACACAUCCUCGUCUUACUUUCUGCAUUCGAGCAUUUGCUGCAUCACUUAUUUUCGCAAGCUUCGCAUUUUCGAAGCAUUACUGUCAUUUCUGUCGUCAAGCUCCCCACGCUCUUUUGGGAGUCAGCUAUCAUCUCUUCGCUCGUACACCACGAUACAACCCAAAAACAAAACAUAUCUGAAGGCCUUCAACAAAGCAUAUACAAAAUGUUUGCAGCACCAACUGUGCCUGAUGCCCCAGCGGCAGUACCCAGCUCCCCCAGUGGCGACGGCUGGAGUCCUCUCGCAAUCAUCGGCAUCGUCGCCGCUAUCAUGGUACUCCUCCUCUGCGUUCCCUUAAUCGCAAUUCUGUUAAGGCGAUAUGAGCGCAAACGAUGCAAAGAAUUGGUGAAAGACUCCGGAAGUCGAGGAAGUUCACGAGGAAGUGACGGGCUUAGUCGCCUUGAGGAGGGACAGAGCCUGAGGAGCAUCCUUGUGACGAGAGAGCUUCAGAGGGUCAGCUUGAAGCUGAGUAAACCGGAGGAAGCACAUGUACAGGGCAGAGGAUGGAGUGAUACGGAGGUACGAGGAGGUAGAUGGCGCGUGUGAGCGCUAUGCUUUGCCGACGCGAGAAGGACAGGAUACAAAUGCAGAGCCUAUUGACUAGGCCGGGAUGGGUAAUACGAUUAAUGCGGACAUGAACGAUAGCGAUUUCGAUCGAUGAAAUUACUCAAUAGAUAUUCGCCGUCGCGGCACUUCUA